UGUAUAUAGAAUAUAUUUUUACAAGGAAGUCUAAUUCUGACAUCCAAUCAAAGUUAUAUAAGCAUUUAUAAAAGAACAUUGGAAUGUGAAAUAAUAAUUAGAAGAGUAUUCACCAACAUGACACAGACAAAGGCAAGCAGCACCAGCAUGUUCAUUUCACAUAUUGCCUUAGUCUUUACUUUGAUAGAAUUAUCUAACGCGCACUACGCAGAAGUAGAAGCUCCAUGGAUAAUACCACGACGUGAAGCGCACUCGUUCCUCACAGCUCCAACUAGAAACAAAAGAAGUGAUCCCGAUUGCAAUACAAACGAGUAUUAUUGUGAAGCAAACAAAGACAGCUGUAUGAUGCACAACGAACAAUCUCGGGAGCAUUAUUGCGGCCAGGGUCAUACUUGUACUGCAACACAAGCGUGUUACCUAUCUACACCCUGUCCAGCACAUUACGCAUUAGGCUGUACAGAUGACCAGUGUCUGUCUUUUCCAUGCCAUAACGGAGCCACGUGUCAGGACACAAGUACUAGCUAUAACUGUCAAUGUGUUCCAGGCUGGGAUCCAGCAACUAACUGCGCUACUGAUUAUAACGAAUGUCAGUCGGUUCCCUGUUUAAAUGGAGGGUCGUGUAACAAUUUAUUUAAUGAUUUCACGUGUGACUGUACGGGAAGAUAUGAAGGAAGUGUUUGUGAAAAAGAUUGUAGACCAGGUCCCGCAGACAUCGUAUUUGUAGUGGAUACAUCUGACAGUUUGCAAAAAGGUGUAAAUAAAAGCAUCGACUUUAUUAAUCAAUUUAUCAGCAAAGUUCCUAUUGGUCGAAAUGAUUUCCAAAUUGGUGUAAUAGCCUAUAACUUUAAUUCCACAGUACUAUUUGAUCUCGAUGAUUACACAUCGGCUUCCGAUAUGUCAUCUGUUUUGAAGACUGUUAGGGGAGAAGAAGCUGCAACGUACACGGCCACGGCAUUACGGCAAGCUCGAGAGAUGAUAACAAGCUAUUCAAUGGGAUCACGUGGAACAGCAAGUUACAUUGUCCUGAUGCAUGACGGUCUGUCAACAGACAGGAACGAGGCUUUCUACGAGGCGCAGAUAAUAAACUCAAUGGGUAUACGUAUUCUAACAGUCGGAAUUGGUCAGUCGAUCGCAUAUAUAGAGAUGUUGACGAUUUCAAACAGCCAGUUUUAUACGUUCAGCCCAAAUCAUCUAGAUGACAUGUAUAACCAGAUUCUCAAAGAAACAGUGCAUACUGAUUGUACAGAUUGCAACUUGGAGGAAGAUACUCAGGUAAUCAUUCUUCUGGAUACUAACGGCAACCAAACGAUAGACAGUUACAACGAUCGUCUUACAGCCACACGUAACACCAUAGACAAAAUAUUAUCGUAUAACCCAAGUGCUAACAUUGGUAUGUAUUCAUAUUCAGACGAACCGGAAGAGGUGUUUUCUUUAACAUGGUCAGGUGACAAAGAUAAACGUAUCGCAGCAGCGUUACAAAUUGACCUUGACAAUCAUUUAUCAUCAAACCUUAGUCAUGCCUUGCAACAUUUACGAAUAAGUAAUCAGUUCACAUCACUAAGAAAGAUGGUGGUAAUUGUCUCAAAUGGAAUGUGGACUGAUAUGGAUGAAAUAAAGAAGGAAGUCUCGUAUUCCGAAGUACAUGGUAUAGAGGUGAAUGGCGUUGUUGCUGGAGAAGACAAUGUAAUUGAAAAUUUUCAGACCGUUUUGAAUGAUCCUAGUCAAGUGUUUUAUGCAGAAGAUGGCGACUUCAGAGCAUUAGACUCGCUCACUGCAAUGACAAAAUAUUAUGUUUGUGUUGACAAUAUAUUUAGUACACGACAAUAAAUGUAUUACUUAUUUUAUGUUUUUUUAGAAAAAAAAUAUGUUGUUACUUUAUCAUUGUAUUGUUAUGAGCUUAAACAACUCAAGAAGCAAAAACGAGACAGGGUCUUUAACAAACUGUUCUGGUAACAGUAACACAGGUUAUUUUCAGUCGGUAUACAAACAAGAAUCAAACAUGUCUUUAUAUAUCUCUGGUGGAGAGUUGGCAAUCAUACCACAUCUUCUAAUUUUUAUAUAUAAGAAAAAUAUGACAAAUUAAAGUAUCAACUUACCAUUUUAAUGCAAAAAGGACAAGACUAUAAAGAUAACACUUUAUACAUUUAUUGAGUCUUCAUUCGGAACACUCAAAGAUAAAAUUUGAAUGCCAAAGAUGAAUAAGUACUUGAAACCGGAGGGAGAUAAAUGAUCACAAUGGUUCUAUAAAGAACAGUAAAAUUCCAACAAGAUCAAUUAUGUCCGAGGAAGUUGAAACCAUAGACUACUGAGCUGUCGAUACCAUCGGAAACUAGCAGUCCAACAGCAGAGGUAUAUAACAAGUGCUAGUAAAUGAAAAUAACACUCUAGAAAUUUGUUUUGUCCAAAGAGCUUAUCUAGAAACAUCUUUAUAAGGAACGCUCAAAUUUAAAACAAAAUUUUUAAAGAAAAGAAUGGAUUUGUACUGAAAAACAAUAGCAUCUAUAUGGCCAAAAGGGACCUCAAAAGAAUAGCCAAAUCUAUUAUGGUCAACUUUCCUGAGGAAGUUGGAACAUUAGUUUUUGAAAAUGUUUUUUUUAUAUAUCUUUGGAGAAUUAAAGAAAAGACUGUUUUAAUGCAUGUACGUUUUAAAUCACUACUUACUUAACAGAAAUUGACAUGAGAUUAUACAGUGUUUAAACAA